AUGUCAACUUCCAGUGAGACACCCGUUUUGCAUCCUAAUGCGGUGAGUCCUGGCUUUACAAAGUACGAUAUCGUCGCCUGUGUGCUCACCUUCGUGGCCGCCGUCUGUGUCGCGCUGCGAUUCGCCCAUCGCAGUCGCAAUCGUGACUACGCACUCGAUGACUGGACUGCUCUCGCGGCCCUCGUCUAUGCUGUCGGUGUCCUGAUUGGCACGAUAUUAAUCUCCAUACCAUCAAUUGCGGGCGCGGGAUAUCACAUCACCACCUAUACAGUCGCCCAGCUGGAUAAUUAUCUCAAGCUUGCGCUAGCAACCGACGUGCUCUACAACUUCAGCGUCGCGGGGUCUAAGGCUUCGAUCGUAUUCUUCUAUCAUCGCAUUUUCUCUAUUGAUGAUCAUUUCAGGAUUUUCAUGCGCAUCAUCCUUGUUUUGAUCGUCGGAAAUUGCCUGGCCGCCACUUUGGGCCUCAUCCUCUCCGACCAACCCGUCCAAGCACAGUGGAACGUUGGCAUGCCGUACACAUCCAUUAACGACCGCGCCUUUUGGACCUCGAUGGCCGUUGUAAACAUUGUCUUGGACAUGCUGAUUCUGGGCAUUGCGCAGUUUAAGGUGUGGAAGCUCAAUAUGUCCCUGCGCCGGAAGGUGCUGGUCUCUUUUGUCUUCAUGCUGGGAGCGUUUACAAUUAUCACGAGUAUCCUUCGUAUCGUCUACUUGUUGGUGGUCGAUAUCGCCGAUUUAACCUAUACCCUCACUACCGCCGGCAUAUGGACUAAUGUCGAAAUGAAUCUGUCCACUAUAUGUGCCUGUGCUCCAGUAAUUUACAGCUUUGUACGAAUCAAAACGAACGGUGGUCGGAGCACCACAGCAAGGAGUGCUGGCUAUAAGGUGGGUAACCCAAACGGCAUCAUCACCAUUGGAAGCGCCAAAGGCAUGAUCAGGGACCGCUUCAAUGACACUGAGAGCGAGGUGGGAUUGUCAUAUUCAGCCUAUCACAACAUCGACGAGGAAGACGGGGACUCUCACAGCCUUAAGGCGAUGGAUCGAAUCCACGUGAAAAGGGCAUUUCAGGUCUCCUCCUAG